AUGUCUGGGAAAAAGCAUUGGUUUAGGAAGAAGAAGCGAGGAUACAGCGAUCCGGAACUUUCCUGCAAUCACGUGAACCCAACUGUUGAAGAUGAGGACACCGUUUGGACGGUACGAGGGUCUCAGGGCGAGUCAAGUCAACGUCCCCUGUGUCAAGAAUUGGUUAUGAAGGAAACUGUAAUUUGUGGUCCAGAGAUGAAGGUUCGCCCUCUUCCACCUCUACCAAAGGCUAAAGCCAGCAGCUAUAUCUACGAUUAUGUCGAUAAAGAAUUUUGGACAGAUGAGCAAAUAAAUUCAAAUGAGAGGAACAAGUAUGAAGAAAGGCUUCAAUUUUUUAAAGAAAUGAUUAUUUCCAACGUCGACGUAAGACAAGUUCUCCCACAUCUUACAUUUGUAGAAUAUCCCCAAAAAUACAGAAAUAUUGCAACAGACAAGAGUAAACGAGACGCAAUGAUUUGCCUCGUUGACGAGAUUGAAAAAAGCGAAGAACUUGGCCGAUGGAAGCAGUUUGUCGAGGCAUUAGAACGAUGUGGCUAUGAAUAUAUCUCUCAAUGCUUAAAAGGUCGUUCAGUAAUUGACUAUAGUUACCAAAAGAAGUUCUUAAAAAUAAUGAGCGUUACAGUACGAAAACAGAUUGUUCCAACGGAGUUGACAGCAUAUCUUUGGAAUGCUGAUGUUAUAAACGACGAGGAAAAGCAGCGCAUUGAAUGUCAACAGACAUUGCAAGGUGAAAUUGCAGCAGCGGAUUUGUUAUUAGAAAUCCUACCAACAAAAAGUGAGAAUUGGUACAAACUUUUUAUUGACGCUCUUCGGCAUGCUGAAAUGAUUGAUGUGGCAAAUAUUUUAGAUCUACCUGAACUACAUGAAGGAAAAACAGGGCAAAAGAUAAUUUCCACGAGAACUAACGCGGAAUAUUCACCAGCCAACUCGAUGCAAGAAGUCACAGAAAGGAUACAAUGUGACCCUUUAAAUGUUGAAACGAAUCCCGAUAGCGACACCACCACUUUGAAAAGCACAUCACCGGAUGAUGUAAAUGAACAAAAUACGAAUGCGAACUAUGAGAAUAAUGAAUCGUCGAUCAUGGACACAAUGGAGAAAGAAUUAUACACAUGGUCUUCCUGGGCUUCAACGAAAUCAGUACCAGACCUUCCUUUUUUUGUUAUCGCCCUGCAUUCACGGCAAAAGGAAAGGGAAAUGGAAUUGUCGAUAUCUGAAGGGGAUUGUCUGAAAGUGGUGGAAGAUUACGGGGAUUUCUACGGUGUGCAGGUUGAAGGAAUAACUUGGCUUAUUCCAAAGGACUGUGCAAAAGUAUUCGAUAAGGUACCAAUUCCGUUGCCGCGUGAAUGCGCGGAAUCUGCUGAUGAAACGUAUACAUUUUGUCCUCCACUUUCAGAAAGGAAUUCUCCUUCACUUACAGAAAGGACACCAGUGGAUGCUUUCAAGAUUAAUGAUACAACAGACGCCGCAACGUAUAGUAAUGAUAAACGUUACGAAGAAGUUGAAUCACCCCAUCUACGAGGGCAAAAGAUAAUUUCCACGAGAACUAACGCGGAAUAUUCACCAGCCAACUCGAUGCAAGAAGUCACAGAAAGGAUACAAUGUGACCCUUUAAAUGUUGAAACGAAUCCCGAUAGCGACACCACCACUUUGAAAAGCACAUCACCGGAUGAUGUAAAUGAACAAAAUACGAAUGCGAACUAUGAGAAUAAGGAAUCGUCGAUCAUGGACACAAUGGAGAAAGAAUUAUACACAUGGUCUUCCUGGGCUUCAACGAAAUCAGUACCAGACCUUCCUUUUUUUGUUAUCGCCCUGCAUUCACGGCAAAAGGAAAGGGAAAUGGAAUUGUCGAUAUCUGAAGGGGAUUGUCUGAAAGUGGUGGAAGAUUACGGGGAUUUCUACGGUGUGCAGGUUGAAGGAAUAACUUGGCUUAUUCCAAAGGACUGUGCAAAAGUAUUCGAUAAGGUACCAAUUCCGUUGCCGCGUAAAUGCGCGGAAUCUGCUGAUGAAACGUAUACAUUUUGUCCUCCACUUUCAGAAAGGAAUUCUCCUUCACUUCCAGAAAGGACACCAGUGGAUGCUUUCAAGAUUAAUGAUACAACAGACGCCGCAACGUAUAGUGAUGAUAAACGUUACGAAGAAGUUGAAUCACCCCAUCUACGAGCAAGAGUAUUCGAUAAGGUACGAAUUCCGUUGCCGGGUGAGUGCGCGGAAUCUGCUAAUGACACGUAUACAUUUUCACCUCUACUUCGAGAAAGGGCACCAGUGGACGCUUUUAAGAUUUAUGAUACAACAGACGCCGCAACGGAUUAUGAUGAUGAACCUUACGAAGAAGUCGAACCACCCGAUCUACAAGUGUGCGCUAAUAUUAUUUAUGAUAGAACAGAAGCCGCAAUGGAUUGUGAUGAUGAAUAUUACGACGAAGCUUGUUCACCCCAUCCUCAAGAUACUGUCGACGAAGAACCUCCACUUGUCAAUGCAUUUACAAAGACAGCCGAUUCAAGGGAAAACAAUGUCACAAAUGCGAAAUGUACAAGUUCAUCCAGUUUAUUAAAAGAUAGCUCAACCCUUGAUGAUAUUAUUGAUGCAGAUUGGAAAUUUUUGAAGAAAGAACAAGAGUUAUUGUUGGAAGCUGAAACACUAGCCAAUGAAGAACUAGAACAAUUUAAGGCUGUUGUAAAUCUAAAAAACAAUAUAAAUGAACUCCAAUGUCAAAAGUUAAAAGUUGCAAUAGAGUUCGCAUCCGCGGGAGAAAGAUUUAAACUGCAUCGCGAGAGCAUAAUAGGUGUACAAGGAGGCAAUUUCGAUCACUUCGAACCAGAAUCAGAAUAUUCAUCGGAAGGAUUAUAUUCUGCUCAACACAUGUUUAGAAAUCGCAUGGAAAACAAAUCCAGAGACCUGCCACUUCAAUUCGAAAAUCUUUACAGAGAACGCUCAAAUAGCAGAAAGUCAUGGCUGAGUAGGGCUUCGUCCUUCAAAGAUUCCGCUAUCUACGAAUGUACUAGCCUAGCAACAGUAGAGGAAGAUACAUAAAAUAAUCAAAUAUAUGUCUAAACGUUUUAAGACAUUCGACCUCUUGAAAUAGAUUACCGCUUUCGCCGAGUUUAUGCUUGUUGACAAUGUUGCACAAACGAACAAUGCUAAUGAACCCUAGAAUGGUGUUGUCAAAAGUUUGAAAUAUUGUGUUUUGCACUCCAGAAGGAUCUCUCUUUUAACUCUCCCUGUUUUAGACUAUCCCUCUACAUUAUCGGCAGAACUGCUUACCCCCAAAUGGCUCCAAUGCCAUGAAUCGUACCUGUUCAUGGAUUGCUAAACUGUUAUUGAAAUACUUAUUCUUAAAUCAUACUCGUAAUUCUUUUAAACGCCGUAAUUCUUCAACUGUAAUUUCUUAAAGGUUUGACUUCCGCAUUCGGUGAAAGCAAAUAUUUUUUUUCAGAUUAAGGAAAAAAUGCAUAUAAAUACAUGUACCAUCGUGUCUUAUCUAUAUUUUAGAUGUUACUUACAUAAUCAGUACCCUCGUUUCACACAAUUACAUGUACUGUGAAAUGCUUUACAUUCGUUGGCAUGGAGAAUUCUUAUAUUACCAUACAGGUAGUUUUGCCUUAUUUAUAUUUCCAUCAGCUUGUUAGAAAUGUACCAGUACUGUAUAAGUACUCUUGACGCACAUACACAUACACAUAGACAUACAUGUAUAACUUGUGUUAUCUAUGGUGUAUUGUCUAAAUACCAUUCAUAAUUAUUAUCUUUAAGAAAAAAGACCCAUAUAUUAAUACAUGUCAUUGAAUUAUCUUGUUUUAUCUAUAUCUCCUUGUCUGUAAAACAUAUUUGUAGACAAUAUUUGAAUCAGUACAGUUUGUUUCACAUACACAUGUUUAUAGCAAGAUCAUUUAUGUAAUACAUGUAUUAUCUUGAUUAAUCUAUAAUUCUUUGUUUGUAAUAUAGGUACACAAUAUUUUAAACAGUACAGCAUGUUUCACGUAUAUAUACAUGUCUAAAGCAAGAUCAUACAUCAUCCCAUUUAGCUGACUUCCUAGCGGCAUGUGCCAUACAUGUUUUUUAACUCUGAAACGUGUCUCACUGAAGAUAAAACAGUCUUGUUUAGCAACAUUUUGGCUACAGUACAUCAUAAAUCUUGAACAUAAGAUUUUUUUGAAUGUCAAUUUCAUUUAUUAAAUAAGACAUUUAAAUUUAGUAAUACUUUAAUCAUAGCAUUAUGAAAAUUAAAUCCUUUUGUCAUAUUUAUUUCUUGCGAUACAUUGUGAUUUUGGCAAGUAUCUGUUUUUCACAUAGAUGUAUACAGUAUAUAUAUAUCUAAAUCAUAUUAAUUUAAAAGAUUAACAUGUAAGAUAUGUCUGUACUUUAAUGUUUAUUUUCAAACAUGUAUUAUCUGUUAUUAUAUCUAAACCUAUCGGUUUUCCCACAUCAGAUUAUACCAGUAAUGCGACAAGAAUUUUAUAUAAAAUACUAAUUCAUGGCUAUUUUUGUGUCUCUGAUAUUGUUGUGCACUUAAAACAGAACUACAUGCCAAAAGCUACUCGAUCUAUCCAUCACAAUUAUUAUUUUCUUGUAAAUAGUUUCCAGAUACAAGCCCUGUAUAUAUAAGAGAAUAUUAUAUGUAAUGUUCAUGUGCAUAUGAUAAAGUAAAAUCAUCAGUAGUUUUUGUAACCUGCAAAUGGUAUCAAAAUUCCCUAUUUUUGUACUUGACGUAGUGGUAUGUUGAAUCAUAUUUGUUAAAUGGGAAUACGCUUUAGCAUACGAGCUACUGCAGAAACCCUGAUCCAAUUUUGAAAAUGUUAAACUUAACAGUGAACAGUGACAGUGAAGCAUUUGUAAGGAACAUUAAUCCAAUAUUUAAAGCUACCUUAAAGGUUUUUGCUGGGCGCUUUAAAGCGACAGGUGACCCGCUAGUGCAGCUGUUGAAAUACCCGGUAGUUAGACGAGUUUCAGUUAUAUUAAUUACUCCAGGUACCGUCUUCAAGACAAGGUCGGUCAUUAACCGUGACAAAUAUUCGCGGUGGGAGAUAAGCAAAACAAAAGCACCAGUAAGCUUUAUAAUAGACAUAUUAUCCUAACAAAAUGAACGUGAAGAUUUAUUUGUUCACUUGUUUAAUUGUUCUAGUUGUAAAUUAUUUAUCAAUAUAAGAACUUAACAUUUGACUAAACGUGGUUGUUGUGUGUGAUGUCUUUGUUUAUAGCCGCUUUUAAUGUCGGUUUUUCUGAUGAAUGUUGGACCUAAUAUUGUACCA